AUGAAUCGUAAUUUGAAAGAUGCCAAUAUCUCAUUGGUGAAUAUUCAUUAUACAAAAUUUUGUGAAAUGACUUCACAAAUUAAUUCAUUACGAAAUAAACGAAAUGAAAUUACCAAACAAAUUAGAUCAAUCAAAGAUAAAGAAGAAAAAAAUAAAUUAGUUGAACAAGCAAGAGAAAUUAAAGAAGCAAUUCAAAAUAUUGAAUCGAGAUUAGGAAAAGUUGAAGAAGAAAUGUUAAUUGAAGGAUUAAAAAUUCCCAAUGAUACUCAUGAAGAAGUUAGAGUUGGUGGUGAAGAAGUUACUAGAAUUAUAAAGACUGUAGGUACUCCUCUUCUUGCAACUGAAAUAGAUCAUAUGACAAUAGGCAAAGAAUUAGAUUUAAUAGAUUUUGAAACAGCAUCAAUUGUUACAGGUACAAGUUGGUAUUAUUUAAGAAAUGCAGGAGCAUUAUUAGAAUUAGCAUUAAUUCAAUAUGCCAUGGAAAAAUUAGUCAAUAAAGGAUAUUUACCAAUAAUUACUCCAGAUGUAAUUAGAACUGAAUUUAGUAAUGCAUGUGGAUUUCAACCUAGAGAUGACGAAUCUUCACAAAAAUCAUCAUCAUUCAAACAAAGCAAUUUAGAUGAAAAUAGCAACAACAAUAAUAAUAUAUUAUAUCAAAAUUUAUUAUCAGCCACAGCAGAAAUUCCUUUAGCAGGAAUUUAUUCUAAUAAAAUAUUAACAGAUUCCCAAUUACCCAUAAGGAUGGUAGGAUAUGGAAAAUGUUUUAGGGCUGAAGCAGGAUCAAGAGGUCAAGAUACUAAAGGAUUAUACAGAGUACAUCAAUUUAGUAAGGUGGAAAUGUUUUGUUUAACUAAAUCUCAUGAAAGUGAUAAUAUGUUUAAUGAAAUUGUUGGAUUACAAGAAGAAAUAUUUAAUGAUUUGGGAUUAUGUUUUAGGAUUUUGGAUAUGCCAACUUAUGAACUUGGAGCUAAUGCUUAUCGUAAAUUUGAUAUGGAAGCCUGGAUGCCAGGACGUGGUAAAUGGGGAGAGAUAUCUUCAGCUUCAAAUUCAAUCGCUGUACCAAGAAUGAUCAUUUCAAUACUUGAAAAUUUUCAAAGAGGUGAUGGUAAAAUUGUUAUACCAAAAGUAUUAAGGAAAUGGAUGAAUGGAAUGGAAAUUAUUGAACAAAAGGUUUCUUCAAUAUCUUUGGGAGUACCUUCUCCAUCAACCACUAAAACUCCCCCAAAAACAAAAACUGAUGAAG